AUGUCAUCAAGACCAAUGAUUAGUAAUAAUAAUGGUGAUCGUGAUGUAGGAGAUAUAAGCUCUGAUUCACCUCCACCUGUUACUGCUGGUGUAGCUAUCACUGCUACAACUACUACAUCACCAACAACUACAUCGACAUCAUCAAAGGCGAACAAUAUCGAUCGUGUCUCACCACCUCUUCAGCCAACAAUUGUACAAAGACAACAUCAACAGCAACAUCAACAACAGCAUCAACAACAACAACAACAAUAUCAACAAAGAACAUAUGCAUCAGUUGUACAUAACAACAUUAUAAAUGAUGAUGACGAUGAUGACGAUGAUGAUAUACCACAACAACAACAACAACUUAACAAACAUCAAACAUCAUCACCAAAGAUUGUAUAUAAUCAACAACAACAACAACUACAUCAACAACAAGCAUCACCAUUGAGCCAGACGACUUUUGAGAGUAGUGAUGCAGAGGAUGACGAUGACGACGAUGAAGAGGAUGAAGACGAUGAUGAUAAGGUCGUCCACAAUAAUGCACCAUCAAGUGUCAAGAAGCAUCCUCAAUCAACAUCGCCAAUUCAGCAACACCAACCUCAACAGCAACCUCAACAGCAACCUCUACAACCAAUGAAGCCACAGAGGAAACAAUCAUGGUUGACUAGUGCUGAAUCAGUAUCAUUCUCAAAGCCAAACGUCAUGUUCAAGAUGGCCAUUGGCACGAUCUACAUCACAAACCAUCGAGUUGCCUGGAUAUGCGAUCAAGCAUCCACAACAAUCUCUGAUCUCUACCUUGACGUACAACAGAUAUAUCGAUCAUCAAUGUCUGACAGUCCCAAGCUCAAUUGGAAGGUGUCAUGCAAUGGAGUGGACUAUCUAUUCUUCCUCUCAUCCCCAGAGGAGAUAAAAGAGGUCAAUUCAUACUAUCAACAGUCCAAACGUAGAUUGAGCGAGGCUAAUCAACCUAGGCCUCAACAGCAAGCACCACAGCAACAGCAGCCACCACAGCAGCAUCCACAGCAGCCAUUGUCACCAUCCCCUCCACUACAGCAGCAACAGCCACAUCCUCAGACGCAACAACCAAAGCAAGCUUCACAACAACCACCUGUCCAUCAUCAAUCACAUAACAAACAUAAGGAGCAUCAACAUCAACAACAUGAGGACAUGCUCUACCCUAGCAUUGAUGGUGAUGUCAAUGCUCCUCAGCCACACAAGCCCAAGCAACAGCAUCAACAACAUCAACAACAACAACAACAACAUUCGAAUGGUCACUCUAAUGGAACAAAGGCAAGACAUUCAGUCGAUGACGACUUUGUUAGCAUUAAUGGUCCUGGCAAUAUGGGCGGCGAUGAUACAGCUGCAGGCUACUUUGACUUUAACGUCAGCCAUCCAUGCCAGGUGGAGGAGGACGGCAGCAGCUUCAUCACCUACGAGGUGUCCUGCAAGUUUAGGGACGACAAGGGCGUAGCCGACAUCAAGGUGCGUCGUCGAUACAAGGAGUUUGAGUGGCUGCACGCGCAGCUGUCCAACCCAACCUGCAAGAACUACACGUUCGUGCCACGCUUCCCACAAAAGUCAAUGGUGCAGUUCUGGAACAGGUCGGACCAGACGGCCGUCGGCAAGCGUUGCUUCCACCUCGACGAGUACAUGAAGAACCUGUCGCUGUUCAGGAGCAACCCGGCACUCAAGGUGUUCAUGAGCAACCGUCCCAUCUCGCUGCCACAGAACCCAAUCGUCGACUUUAUUGGCAACAACAUCGCCUCACACCUCCCACAACACGUUGGCUUCAAUGACAUGCCAAUGAUUGAUCAGAACUUCAUAUACAACUCUGAGAUUGAACGUGACUACUGGCUGAUCCGCAGACUAAUGAAGAAGUGGGAGCUAUUGCCCAAGAAGUUGCCAUUCCAGAAGUUCUUGGUCGUUGUGUUGGGAACUACAUCCGCAGGCAAGAGUUCAUUCAUCAACAACUUCUUCAAUAUACAGAUCAAGAGGUCGGCCAUUGGCCAACUAGACACUCACUUCACUCUUGUGGAGACUAUCCCCAAGGAACAGUUUGCAGCGUUGAGCGACAAGCUGACUGAUCGAACCACCAAGUCCAAGAAGUUCACAAAGGAGCAGCUCAAUGAGAAGAUCACAACUGAGCCAAUGAGCGAUCCUAGAUACGGACAUGUGUUCCUUUACAUGGACACAGCAUACACACUGUCAAGAUAUGACGCGCAACUAAGUCGAUACGACGACAUUAUAUCCAAGUAUGGUCUGGUUCGUUGUAUACUCAUCAACGAAGAGUAUCUAUCUGGUACACCAGAGGAAUUACUUUACCAGAAGAAGACCAUAUUCUUAGACUCACCUGGAUUCGAAUCCAAGAAGGAGAGCAAUGAGACCUUGCUUGGUAACAUCAAGAUCAUUCAGUUCUUCUACUCAACGAGUGAUUUGACAUUGUUUAUGAUGCCCGCCAAGAACAUCUCAUUGGUAUCCCCACAGAUACAAAUACUAGAGAUAUGCGUUAUGUAUAAGCUUUAUGGACCAGAGAUUGUGGAUCAGAUGGUCAAUAAGAUAUUUAGCCAGCGAUCAGAGUCAAAGUCCAUUCCAUCACUGUCAGAGAUCACAAGGGUCAUUGUGAAUCAGUUUAGACGCGAGGACAGACGACCCAAUCAGGAGUACAUUGGCACAUUGGUGUGGGACAAGAUCAGGUUCUUGCUGACACAGAUCGAUGAUAUACAGAGUGGCGAGGACACCAACUUACGCGAGCAGUACUUUGAGCUGGGCAGACUGCUUGGCAAGAGUCUGACAUUCUUGGACCCGCCCACCUACACACAAUGUAUGGCCAUUGCACUGCCACUGGAUCGUGUCUUCAAGUCACCAGAGGAACGACGCGCCAAGUGUGGCGACCUUGACUCCCUUCUAGCCUACAUCAGAAGCUUGAACAGUGAGAGCAGUUACCAUCAGCGACUUGAGACUGCCAUUCAAGAGAUGUCCAUUGGUCUCUUGCCACAUAUUCAGAACUCAUGGAAGAACUACUUGGACUGGAACCAAUGGAUCAGUAGCGACUCGGCCAGCGUUGAUCUGAUUAGAGAGCGAUCAAACGCUAGAGUUAGAGGCGCAGCCCCACACACCUCUGUGAAGAGAUAA